CCCAGAAUUCCACGCUUAGCUUCCUCGCUCUCCUCUUUCUCACUCACUGACUCCCUUCUUUGCUUUUCUUUUUUGCCUUUGUCCUCUCUCUCUAAAUACCCUUCCUUCCUAGUCAACCUCAUGUCCCCCUCCCUCACUUUGUCCCAUAUUAAACCAACAACCCUUAGCUUUCGAUCUCAUUCAUUUUCUCUCUCCCCAUAUGCUAUGGCUACUAGUGAGAGAGAGAGAGAGAGAGAGAGUGAUCAAUCCCCAUCUCUAAAUGUCUCAGACACACACCCACACUCACUAGUUUCAGCUUCAACUAACUACUCACUUUCAACAAUGGGCUCUACUUCAAACCUCACCCUUCACUUCUUUCUUUCUUAGCCAUAUAUAAGCCUUGUCUACUUUUCAUUUCAACUAGCUAGGUAUUACCAUUUUCUGGGCCACGGGCCACCUUCACAUCAGUACUCACUACCCUUUUUAUAUUCUCAACUUCUUCAACUCAUCCCAUUCUGCCACUCCACCAUUUCAAUUUCCAUUUCCAAAGCCACCACCAAACACAAACCCAUCAAACCCACUUUUCCUUUCCAUUCCCCCUAAUUAUUGCACCGCAUUGUUUUUAGAUGAUAUAUAUAUAGAGCUACUACCUUCAUUCUUCUGCUUAUUAUAAGCCUUUUCCAUCGAACCCUAGCUAGCUAGCUAGAUUUUGGUCUUUAGUAAGUCAAUAAGAAGCCAACAGCAAUGUGGAUGGUUGGUUACAAUGAAGGAGGUGAGUUCAACAUGGCCGAUUAUGGAUUCAAUGGAAGGAAACUCAGGCCUCUCAUGCCAAGGCCAGUCACUUCUCCUAACAAUACUUCAAACGCUAACUCUCCAUACUUGACCCGCAUUCAUCAUGGCAACGAUUUCUUUUCACAGUAUCACAAUCUUGCAUCAGUGGCAGAUCAGGGAAAGAGAGAGUUCAACCCUCCACCAGUAGUGGUGAGUUCAAGGUGGAAUCCAACCCCAGAGCAACUGAGAGCAUUGGAGGAAUUGUAUAGAAGAGGGACAAGAACACCAUCUGCGGAGCAAAUCCAACAAAUCACGGCACAGCUUAGGAGGUUUGGAAAAAUUGAAGGGAAGAAUGUCUUCUAUUGGUUUCAGAAUCACAAAGCAAGAGAAAGACAGAAACGCCGCCGUCAAAUGGAGUCAGUUGUAGCUGAGGGUCAUCACACCCGUGACUUUGAUAGUACUCUUGAAAAGAAAGACUUCGGCGCAAGUAGGACAGUGCUUGAAGUUGAACAGACCAAGAACUGGGCACCCUCUACAAACUGCAGUACUCUUGCAGAGGAAUCUGUUACAAUACAAAGGGCAGCAAAAGCAGCCAUUGCAGAGUGUAGAACAGAUGGAUGGCUCCAAUUCGAUGAAGGAGAGUUACAACAUAGAAGAAACUUUAUGGAGAGGAAUGCCACGUGGCAUAUGAUGCAGUUACCUUGUCCUCCCCCUCCUACAGUUUCACCCCACCUCAUAAACACACCAUCUCCUACUACUAGCAUGGCCCCCGCAACCACAGUAACAGCAAGACUAAUGGACCCAAAGCUCAUUAAGACUCAUGAUCUCAGCUUCUUUAUUUCACCUAACACUAACAGAGAAAACGGUAUUAUCCACUUAAGCAGUAUCAGCACCCAGGAUCAUAAUAAUUCUGUGGAAUCUCAAACCCUUCAACUUUUUCCAAUAAGGAACAACGCGGAUGAAAGCAGCUGUGAUAACAUCAACCACCAAAAAGAGACAGAGGUAUCCGUUUCAGCAAUGAAUGCACCCAGCCAGUUUUUUGAGUUCCUUCCAUUGAAGAACUGAAACUGAUUAGAAAACAAAAAGAAAAACUUGCUGUGUAUGUAAAAUUAUGGGACUGCGUCUAGAUACUGUAUUUUGUUAGAAAAUAGCACUGUUUUUAUUGUUGUUGAUGUUAUGUUUCAAGGAAUUGGUGCUGUAAUAGGACACUGAGUUUGAAUGAGGUAUUUUACCUUAAAAUACAUUUGGACUAUGUUGGUUGAAUCAAAAACAGUAUUUAUGUCUAA